UUCUCGUUUCUCUCUCCUCUCUCUCAAAUUCUCAAAUCUAAAUCUAAAACUUUCUUCUCUAUCAUCCAUCUAUCUUUCUCUCUCACCGUCUCUCUCUCUCUCUCCAAAAAGGAACAAAAACAAGUCCGAAGAAGGAACCCUAAGCUCUCUUUCUACAGAAAAUGGCCUAGUAUUGUUGUUUAUGCGGUAACGAUAUAUAAGUAAGUUUAAGAAGAAGAAGUGGUGAAAUUUUGAUUGAAUCAUGGACAAUCUGAGAAAUUGGCAUGGUUAUUAUGAACCACCACACCGAGGUCACUCUGGUUUGAACCUUAGCUCACCUACUGAGAGAGAUACUAAGCCAUUGUUUAAUAACCAACAUGGAGGAGGUAUAGGAAGGAAUCAUCAAGUUAUGGUUAAUAACAAUAUGAACAAUGGUGGAGUGUAUCAUCCUCAUAGAGUCGUCGACAUCGGGAUGCCAGAGACACAUCUGCCACAUCUUAAUACUUCUUCAGUGGAUUUUUGGCUUAAUCAGAGGCAGGAUGUCAAAGUUAAUAUGAAUGGAAACCAUUUAAACCAUAUGAACCAUAUCAACUCUUACGGUGGUCUGUCCGAAGCUUCUGGAAGUCAUGGAUUGCAGAAUAUACCUCAGCAGGCUGAGGCAAUGAAAGUAGAAAGAAUGGUUCCUAUGGAACCUCCAAUCAAUGGCAAUGGACCACUGAAGAAAAGACCUGGGGGUAGAGCACAGAAAUCACCCAAACCUAAAAAGCCUAAGAGAGUGGUGCCCAAAGAUGAAGAUGGUAUUCCAACUCAAAGAGCAUCAAGGCCUGCUAGGAAGAGUAUGGGAGUUAAUAUAAAUGGGAUCGAUAUAGAUCUCUCGGUAAUACCUAUCCCUGUUUGCUCAUGCACUGGAGCUCCUCAGCAAUGUUAUCGAUGGGGCUGUGGUGGGUGGCAAUCAGCUUGUUGUACAACUAGUAUUUCUAUGUAUCCGUUGCCGAUGAGCAACAAAAGAAGAGGUGCAAGGAUAGCUGGAAGGAAAAUGAGUCAAGGAGCUUUUAAAAAGGUUUUGGAGAAAUUGGCGACGGAAGGUUACAGUCUUUCCAGUCCAAUUGAUUUGAGGACUCACUGGGCAAAGCAUGGUACCAACAAAUUUGUCACCAUCAGGUAGAUUAUCUGUACAAUGCGGAUACACUGUUGACAGCCUCUUCCAUUGCAUUUGGUCUGUUUAUCCUGUAUAUAUUUGUUUGUGGCCUAUUGCAGAGGCUUCUUUGAAUAGUUUGUAGUCGACAAAUUUUCUCAGUUUUAUUUUACAUGCCCUUUGAAAUUCAGACAUUCAAGUUCACUUUAUUUGCUAAUGAGCAAUUGACUGUUAACUUCCA